AUGUCUCUGAGCUCUCAUCCGAAAGCCUAUGGCACGGCCGCCGUCGCCGUCGCCUUUGUCGCAGGCGUGUUGGUGACGCUGGGCUUCAAAGACUUCUACCCCGACCUGGAAAGGCGGUAUCAGCAAGCAAAGAAACAGCGCGCGAUAACGCGCCGGAGGUCCCACAGAAACAGCCUCGCCGUCUCGGACGCGGACACGGCCCGGCGGCGCUCGAGCUUCUUCUGGGGCCCCGUGCAGCUGGAGGACCACGAGGAGGCCGUCGGCGGCGAGUCCGACCUGGGGUCCCAGCUGCCGCCGGCCGCGGGCCCCGUCGUGGGUAUCGAGGGCUGCAUCGGCAACACGCCGCUGGUGGAGAUCAAGUCGCUGUCGGACGCGACGGGGCGCACGAUCCUGGCCAAGGCCGAGUUCCUGAACGGGGCGGGCAACAGCCCCAAGGACCGCGUGGCGCUGUCCAUGAUCCAGACGGCCGAGGCCGAGGGCCUGCUGGUGCCGGGCCGCGGCGACACCAUCUACGAGGGCACCGUCGGCAGCACCGGCAUCUCGCUGGCCGCCCUGGCCCGCGCCAAGGGCUACCGCGCCCACAUCUGCAUGCCCGACGACCAGGCAAUGGAGAAGUCGGACCUGCUGCACCACCUGGGCGCCACGGUCGAGCGCGUGCGCGUCGCCCCCAUCACCAGCCCGGACCACUUCGUCAACCUGGCGCGCCGCCGCGCCCGCGACCACACCGAGGCCGCCGACACGGACAGCCGCGGCUUCUUCGCCGACCAGUUCGAGAGCGGCGCCAACUGGCUGGCGCACUUCCGCAGCACGGGGCCCGAGAUCUUCUACCAGACGGGCGGGCGCGUCGACGCCUUCGUGGCCGGGGCCGGGACUGGCGGCACCAUCUCGGGCGUGGCCAAGUACCUGAAGGAGGAGGCCAAGCUGGAGGACCUGCGGGUGGUGCUGGCGGACCCGCAGGGCAGCGGGCUGUACAACAAGGUCAAGUACGGGGUCAUGUACUCGGCGACGGAGAAGGAGGGCACGCGGCGGCGGCAGCAGGUGGACACCAUCGUGGAGGGCAUCGGCAUCAACCGCAUCACGCACAACUUCAACGCGGGCCGCGACUACAUCAGCAACGCCGUCAAGGUUUCGGACGAGCAGGCCUGCCGGAUGGCGCGCUGGCUGGUCGAGCACGACGGCAUCUUUGUCGGCAGCAGCAGCUCCGUCAACUGCGUCGCCGCCGCCGUCACGGCCAUGAGCCUGCCCGAGGGCAGCCAGGUCGUCACCGUGCUGUGCGACUCCGGCACGAGGCACCUGAGCAAGUUCUGGAAGAGGAUCGCCGAGAUGGGACUGGAGGACGAGCCCAAGCCUGAUGACCUGUUCGAGGCCCUGGGCAUCAAGCCGGUCCAGAACGCAUCAAAGUGA